UACAUGUCAUUCAUUUUAUUAUUUUAUGUAUUUAGCGCUGUGAGAAGGUGUUGUUGCGCGUAUAUUUAUCUUUACGAGCGUCAUAUUGUAUUGAGUUAAGUGAUAAAUAUAGUGUAAAUAACUAUUUUCGAGAUAUUCAGCCAAGGCUAUUGAUCACGCUAGUUAUAAUGUCGAGUGUUGGCCGCGGGAGAGGGUACACCGGCCGCCACCAUUUGCGGGAGCAGCGUCCCGGCGACGAUCGAGACCCGGAGUCCGACGCCGCCGCUAGAACACUGGCUGAACUGAGUCCUCGGUCUACAGACCCAGCAAGAAUGGAAGUUAAAAGAGAACCCGAGAGAGAGUCCGUAGAGCUACCUGAGAGAGCAGAAACACCAGAAUUACCGGAGCCCGAGUCCCCGGGCGAGGAGGACUCCACUCUGAAAGACUUGCUCCGGGUCGACGAACAAUACGUCCCUUUGCUGACUUUGCUAGAACAGUUCUCCCCAGGAGAAGAUGGCAUCCAGUUCAACAGGAAACUGAGACACUUCGAGACCACCGUCUCAUCCAUGUGUCCGGACGAAUCGCGUUUGCAACAAGCAUUCGCGACGUUCCGCGCGGCGGCCCUGCUGAGCCCGGUGACGGCGCGCAAGUUGGCCGCGGUGGGCGCUUCGUUCACUCGCCAGCAGAGGCAGCAACUGCUGCGUGGAGCCCUACUGAAUGUUGUGAUGCAGGGCACUUUCUCCAAACUGGACGUGCUAGAGCGCUCGAACCCGCUGUUCCUCAUUAACGCGGCGAACCUGAUGGGAGACUACUUCGCGGAGGCUCGCCUCUGCAAUGGUAACAAGGUUCACAUCCUGGCCGGGCCACUGUUGCAAUACCUGCGUGCUUUACUCGCCGCCCACGAUAUUCGGGCGCAUCGCAGUCUCGCUACACAACUAAUGCAAAACGGUCGUGAACUACUCUCGGUACUAGCUCAGGAACUAGACGAGCUCUCGAUCUCCAUCCGUCUCCGACUGCUCUCGCCCCCACCAGUCAGCACGAUAUGGCUCUUACUAUCCGCAGACCUCUGUCUGAACAAAUUCCUCCCACUACCAAACACAUUACAACAAUUCUACGCUGCCCACCUUGAACUAACCACAGAGGAAAGCUUCAGCGAAGUUAGCUACGGCUCAUGGAAGAAGAGCCCUGAAAAAGACGAAUACAGACCAGACGCAAGCGAAAUCGCGGAAAAAGUCAGCCAAAAUAUAUCCCAGAUUAGCCUCAACAACAAUGAGGACACAAAGCCUAAAUUAAGACCUAUAUUAGGCGCCGGCGCUGGCCUGUUAAGACAGGAACAGGCUCUAUCGGUGAGCCAAGACACAUUCGAGACGUGGACAGCCAAAAAUAACCUCAACAAACGAUACGACCUCAACUCCUGGCGACAGCCUGAGGAGGAGAAAAAGGAAGAGAUAGAGUUCCAGCAGACCGUUCUCCCACCAGUACAGCCUUUUCCCGUUCCUGACUACCCACCGCCGAACAUAAACAGAUACAAUUACCCUGAGAACUUCGUCAAUUACUUGCAACAAGGUGAUGGGGCGUACAUACAGAACCAAUACACAAAUGUUGCUUACAAUCAGCAAGGGGGGGAUAACUUCCAGAGUUACCCGGAGAGGAAUGUCUCCCAGACCCCCGAAAGGCCUGUAGAAAGAGUCGCUGAACGUACCCCCGUACCACCAAUGCCUGAGCGAGUCAACAAUGAGAUGCAGAAGAACAGCAACCGACGACCAGUCGAGAAUUGGAGGAAAGAGAAAUCCGACGUUAAGGACGAUCCCAAUAGAAAUAGACAGAGAAAUUGGACUCGACAGAAGUCUAAAGAUAACGGGAGUGAGGAUGAGGACAAAGAGAAAUAUAAAGACAGGUCUACGUCGAGAAAUAGAGAUGGGAGAGCCGGGAGAUUGAAUAGAAGGAGUAGUGGGGAAGAAGAUGGGACGGCCGCUAAGGCGACCCCAAGACGCCAUGUCACCGAAGUACCGCGCAGCGCCAAAUACUGGGACCACGACGACCGAUGUGACAAAGAUUAUAAUAGUUAGUAGGAACUUCUAGAAAUACUAUAAUAACUCGUAUAGAGGCGUUGUUCAAAAUGGGGCAUACGACCCCUAAGGGCUGUAGACCCACAAAAGUUAUAGUGAAUAUUUUAAUUGCUCAAAUAAAAUUGUGACUCGAAAAUAAAAUUCGAAAUGUUAAAGUAAACAGUAAAAUUAUGAUAUGGGGUCGUUAGGCCCGAAUUUAAAAUGCAUUAUAAAGUUAAUGUGUUCACUAACAAUAUUCACUAUAACGGUAAUAUUUCUGGUAUCGCCAGUUAUGGUAAAACAACGCCAUCUAUGGUGAUUUAGAUUAAAUGGACUUUUAAUGACAUUGGACUGUUUAUUAGUGAAAUUUAAAAAGUGAUAUGGACGCUUAGUGCAAAGUGACGUUUUAGUACCUACAGUGGAUGCCAGUUGGAAAAUUUUAGUGUUUAAACUACGUACAUAGAGGUAAAUGAGGUAAUGUACCUACUACCUAGUCUGGGAGGGAUGGGAUACGGUCCGAUUUUUAUACUGGAUGGAUGAAUUUCAUUUUCAUACAAUUUUCCUUAUGGAAAUUAUUAUGAGAGUAAAUUUACGCGGCGUACUGCGUUAGCGAUCUAGACCCGAAGGCGAUGCGAAACUAUAAACUGUCAAAAUGUAUUGAUGUGGCCUACGUGAUCAACUGCACGUGGGAUGCGGUGAGGCGCGGCGCGAACGCGAUCUUGCCUUGAUAUUUCCUCGCGAACUGGACGCGGUACCGUCACGUUUUUGUUUAUAAUAUCGGAAACAGAAACAAAACGAAACGAUUCACAUGCACGUAGGACAUAGCCGCCGCGUCACACCGCAUCGCGUUGAAUUCGCGUGUCACCGCACCGCUUCGCGUUCGCUUCUAGAUCGCUCGCGCAGGACGUCGCGUUAUACUGUUCAUGAGAUUUAAGACCUACACUAUGUAGGUUUCUUGAUCGUAUAUUUGAAAUUGAAAGUCCAGUAUCAUCUGAGACUUAAAUUAGGUAAUAAAUAAUAAUUUCAUAGUAUAUAGCGGAAUAAAAUAUGUUCUAAACGUGCUAACAUAAGUUAAAUUAAUUAUGGUAACUAAAGCGAAAGUUUUCGUGGUACGCCGAUUGAUUUCGGGCGUUACCGAAGCCCUUAAUUUAGGUAAAUUAAGUAAUUGAAGGCUCAAAUCUCGCUGAGAUGCGGUCUUAAGUCAUGUUUUGAUCUUACGCCUUAAAUUGAAAGGCUUAACUUGAAACUUUAACUUAAUUUGGACUUAAUUAAGUCCAAUAUACAAACUAUGUUAAAAGCGACGCUUUAAGAGAAACUUGUUUAAGUUAUUACAAUAUAUUUUUGACCUAUGUCGCAGUGGUUAGACGAUUGACUGUCACACUGGGCAUUGCGGAUUCAAUAGGGAUGAUGAUGGGGUGUGAAAAUUUAUAAAAUAUUUAGUCCGUCAGUUAGGUAAUGAAAAAAUAUUAGACAAGUAUUUUUUAUUUUGUCAUAUAAGAUAACAAUACUUAGAUAAAACGAAUCAAACUUUAGGAGUGGGAGCAAAUACGUCAUUUCUGCGUAUAAAAUGUACCUAGAAGUGAAGUCACGCGAUAUUUCAAAUCGAUAUAUAUCUUCGAAAGUAUUUGUUUCCGUAAGAAAAUAAAAAAUACGUGUCUAAUGUUUUAAAAUAAUCUACAAGACGGACAUUAAAAUAUAAAUUAGUCAUCUACCCUAUUUCUUUAAGCAAUCAUGAUCUAUCAACUAGACUGAUUGAGAUAAAUACGAAAUUAUGACUCGAUUAAAUAAAGCCAGGAAUACACAAGCCGUUUCGUUAGUUAUGUCAAGCGAAAUCGCUCCAAUUGUCAUUCAAUACUUGUAAUGUGUCCCUAGCUUUAUAAUUAUAUAUGAAAACUAACAUUGAUUGCAAUAUUUUAUUUGAAUGCUAACUAAGUAUUUCAGGUGUAUAAAAUAACAUUAUAGUAAUAUUAAUUCUAUUGAAAUGUUAAAAUAUUAACUGAAAAGAUGUUUUGCAUUCAAAUUAUGAAAGAAAAAUUACUCGUGUUUGAAUAAAAUGAGAAUGUGAACAAACUGAACCGUCAAAAUAUUGAUUUUGAACCUUAUUCUCUUUUCGCAUAAGACUUAAUGUUCGCUGCAAUAAAUAUUUUGACGAAA